CGUUACGUGUGGGCCGCGGCUGACUGGUUUCUGCUGAGCUCACCGGCUCGCCGCGGCCACUCAGUCACCGCCGGGCCCGCCUCACGCUCAGAGGUGCGACCGCUCCGCGCUACUCCGCGAUCGCGUCGCGUCGCGUCUCCGCUCCACCAGCGCCUCUUACGGCUUCGCCGCGAAACACUACCUGCAACCGCAGCAGCGCUAUUGUCACUCGUUCGGCGGGCUGUGACAAGUGAACGACGAUCGCCAGACUACCGGCUUUCUCCAUCCUCUACGAGGGGUUGCGUAGUUAAUAAGGCAGCAUUCAGUGUUUAAGGGUGGCUCGUCACCCCUUCCGCGCAACCCUCUGCGUUUGCCGGCUGAUCGCCCAGCAUACGUUACUGGCAACCUGUUCCAGCUGAAGCUCUCCGCUGUAAAGCAUAGCAGUCCGAGGCCGAGUGUGUGUGAUCAGAAACAGCUGUUCCUUCGUGCGUCAUCUUCCAGCCGGCGCCGACUUCAACGAACUUUGGUCCGACGCUCGUUGGAGAAACGCGCUCUAAAUCUGCGGUCACUUCAAAGUGUCGGCUCGGCCCGCCUCUUCCCACUAUAUUUAUGUGCUGUUCCUCUUUUCUUCCUCUGCAGUACUGACAUCCUCACUACUUUACUUCAAAAGAAAAAAAAAUUGUGCUCUUUCGCCAUCGUUAGAAGCCACAAGCAAUUCGGGCGAAGCGGAGCAUUUAAUCCCGUUUCCAGCGAUUCUGCACUCGCUCAUUAACGCUGCGCCCGUCAUGUGGCUAGGAGAUCAGUGCUCGCGAGUGCGCUUUAUUUAGAGCUGUACACGUUAAACUCGUAAUCGGUUUCGCCGGGCUAGCUAUGCAGGGCAUUUAAAUGGAUUUUCGAGGGGAAACGAACCCAGUAAUUACCAAAGUCUUGCCUUCGUAACUGCGCUGUAAAUGGGCACCCGCACGGCUAUUAGUCGGGGUUUCAUAGAGAUUGCGUCGGUACAGUGACGUAGCAGUUGCGCGAACUUUUCCACUUCCCCGUUGAUGUCUGGGGGCGCUGUUCUGUGCAAAACUGACGAGUGAAGGAGUGUCAUAGCUGUCACAGGGAGGUAAAUGUUUCCCUACUGAUGUUUGGUUAUUACGCUGGGAGUAGAGUUGUGAGGUGCAGAAUCAACGAGUGAAGAUAUCUCGAUUCAUGAGUGAAGGUUGAAUAACGCGGAGCGGUAGUGCCGAUACGAAGCGACAAAAAAUGUGGUAGGUUCAGAAUCAGCAGAGAGAAAUGACGGUCAGGCUAUCAGUAAUGAUGCCUUGAACCGAGAUUUUCUUUUUUUGUGUAAUAUGGAAGUCUGAAAUUGGUUAUAUGAAGCUUGUCUUACUGCUGACAGGUGUGCCUGUUACGGACGCGAGUGCAAAGUGCAGCUCUGGAAAUUCAGUCUCGUUCUAAGUGAGAGUGUGUGACAGUGAUCGACGCACAGUGGUUGUACAGCUAGUGGUUAUAUGUGUUUUUCGUACUGCUGCUGCUUUUGCAGUCACAGAGUCCAUUCCCCUGUGGACGCAACUUAUGACGUAGAAACAAACGUGUGACAUCGGAACAAGGCGGAGCCGUGUGAGUGCGCAAACUGGUCACGUCAGGUCCUCCAAGUGGUGCGGAGAUAAGAGGUGGUAACGUCAGACGAGGCAGCGAUUGGCGGGUCCGUUUGCGACAGCGGCAGCAGCAGCAGCCGCGAGACCGCACUUCCGGCGAGUGAGCCUGUCCGGCCGAUCCGCCGGCGCGGCGCUCUUCCGGCCGGCUCCAGUCCAGUCCAGUGCAGCGCGAGCGGUGACGGGUGCAGCGUGGCCACGCACGCGGCGCGCUGGUGUUCUCUGGAGGCCGGAUGGCGGCCGCCGCCGUCGUCGUCAAGAAACCCCUGGCGGGCGCGCCGGCCCCGCCCUCGAGACGCGAACGUCGACGGCCCCGCUGCCGCUGCUGCCAGCCCGCCGUCUCCGCCUGCCGCCGCUUCUGGGAUGAGCUGCUGGACGCGGUGCGGCGGCGGCGCAGCGGGCAGCAGAGGGACCAGCAGGAGACGAGUGAGGACACGGACGAGGACCUGGGGCUGCCGCGCUCGCCCACCAACUCGCCGCCCACCACCGCGGACGUGCUGCUCGACAAGACGCUCAAGGAAAACCCAACCAAAUCUCAUAGCACAUGCAGUGAUGGGUCGUUACUCAGCAUGGGUAGCUCCGAAAUGGACGAGGACUCCAUGGGACAAAACUCUGGUCAUUCCUCAAAGAUUUCUCUUCAAGACAAGAAAAUUUACCAGGAAAAUGCAUCAGAUGCUGAACUGGACAUUGGAGUGUUAGCUGUACCACUCAGCCACAGUGCAGCAAGGCAUAAGAUGGCUGUGCGGCCUAAAAGAACACACGGAGCACCCAGACGACACAGAAUGCAGCAGAUUUCUGCUGGGAGCUCCCUGCCUACAACCCCAGAAGUAAAUGAAGAAGCAUCUUGCAGGAGUACAAGUCCAGAGGUGAAACAAAGGAAAGAAAACGCAUCUGAAUUUAGCAAGAAUGAUGACACUGAAAUUCCUGCUUGGCCUUCCACUGCAACUGAACACAUGCUGCCACCUCUUGUGAAUCUGCCUAUUGAAAUUCAACAAAAAUCUGCAUCUCUCCCUCCUGGAUUAGCUCUCACUCCCGGAGAACAUGUGAACAAACUGCCUCGAAGCCGGUCAAAUGCUGCAUACAGACAGACUGAAGCAUCUUCAAGCAGCCGCUACAAACGAGCAGCAUCUGCUUCAGAACUUGAAAUGAAUAUGUCAAGUAUAAUUGCCCUAGAAGCUCUCACAAAAUCAAGGGAAAUGUUUGGCAUUGUUGGGGAAGAGGAUGAAGAUGAGAAAGCAGACACUGCAGAAGAUAAGGAUGAAAAUAAAGAAAAAGAUGAAAAGAAAGAGGAAACAACCUUUUUCGGACGGCUCUUGUCGAGACGUAGUGGGAAAAAGAAAAAGGAAAAAUCAGAUGAUGUAGACAGCAAUCUUGGUGAUAACUUAAACAAACAGAUUUCAGCUCCACCACUGAUACCAAAGCGAAUAAAUGAAGGUGGGCAAUAUGCCAAUGACUUUUUCACUGAUUUUACUUCCCAUGCGUCAUCUAGGCAUCAUAAUACCAAAUUACAGCCACGAAGUUCUGCUGCCUCACGUCAGAGAGUAGAGCCAAUUAAUUUACCACCAAGUCCUGAAAUAGAAAAAAGAGGAAAAGUUCUUGAAGUCCCUGAAGUUACUUCCAUUCCUCCAAAUGAUUAUGGCUCAGAUAUUUUAGUGACUGACAAAAAUGACAAUGUAAGUGUAGCAGAAAAAGUAGUUCCAGAUGUGAUGCAUGGAAAUCUCUCUGUUUCUCCUCCGAAACAUGUGUGGACAUCACAUAGCGCAGGAGGUAGCAAAGAAGUUAAUUCCACUUCAUUGCAGCAUAUAAAUGCAGAUAAAAGAUCUGAAAGUCAAGAUUCUCUCUCCAAUGAAAAUGAAUACAAAUCUUCCUUCAGAAUUGGUGAAGCACUAACUCGUGAGCAACCACUUCCUAGUGCGUAUGAUGAAACUGAUGAAAGAGAAUGCAGUUCCUUGGUGAACACAGUUGAGAAACCAAGCUCUCCAAAAUUUCCAAUCAAAAAGUCUCAGAGCUUUAGAACUGAUAUAGAUUUUUCACAGAAAACUCACAAAAAACCAGCAUCAAAUACAAGCAAUACAUUAAGUAACAUGGUCAAAGAAAGCCAAGAUCUGAGCUUUCAGGAAGAUGUAAGAGAAGUAGAAGAGACAACAAUAUCUUACAAAAGCACAAUUUCAGCAACAAUAUCUGCUGAUGAAACAAAAAUUAUGACAAUCAGUAGUGAAAGACCACUGAGUACAAAACCAAUGGAAAAAGAAUUAUUGUUUUAUGAUGAAACCGCUGCCAAUGAGAAGACAAACCUGUUUGCAAACAAUGUUUAUGUAUCAACAACAAGCGUUCUAAAAGAAAAAACAAUUGAAAAUAUAUUCACAAGUGUUUCAUCUCCUGAAGUUCCUCUAGCUAAGGAAAAUGUAGGAUCUCUUGAAAAGGCUGCCUCUUCAGAAAGUAUCAGUACUGAUCAUUAUUCAAAAACUUCGUCUGUGCUGGAGUCUAAACCACCAAAAACAUCCUCAGGUAGUGAAAAUGAUACCAACUACACUCAACAUGUAGUGCUGCCACCUGGCACUGAUGGUAUCACUAUCACACAAACAUUCACAAAACAUGAAGAAACUAAAACAGACUUAAAAGGGAAUAGUUCACAUUUUAUGCAGCAGGAUAACAUGGAUAUCUAUAAAGGUGAAAAUACAAUGGAAGAAGUUGUAAAAGCUGACCUUUCAGUAGACACUCGGCCUUCUAUAGCAGCAAUAAAUGAUGCAACUCAACAGCCAAAUGAGCUGGUAAUAACUGCACAAGAAUCAACAAAAACUGAGUCGAAUUUACCUGAAAUGCUAAGUGGACAAGAAAGUACUGCAAAGAGUUUUGAUAAUGCCAGGAAAAGUGCUGAUUUACCAAAAACACCCCCUGGAUUAUCUCAGCAGGAAAAAGAUUCACUUGCACACAAUUUUACUCCCCGGCCACAACCAACAAAACGUGAACCUCGGCUUGCUACUGCAUCAGAACACGUUCCUGAAUUUCUCAGAAUCCAGCUGAAUCGUGUUGAUAGUCAGCCUGCAGUGAAUGUAAUUUUUGAUACUGAUAAACCUGAUCCACAAAGAAGUCGUUUGAAAAGUAUUGAUGAGAAGUUAGGUAUAAAGACUGAACAGACAGAUGAUGCCGAUGAACAAGCAAAAAGGGCAUCACUCAUUUCUGAGACAUCCCAGGAAACACAUGGAACAACAUCUUCCAUUAAGCAGAAGCUCUUUAGAGAAGAACAGUUCAAAGCAGUUAAGGAUGGUGCUGAUGGUAGAAAUGUAACUGGAAAACCUGCUGGCCACACAUCGGAUGGCAUACAGAAGAUAUGUGAACCUGCUUCUGCAUUUGAAGAAAUAGCAAAGCCAGAAGCAGGAAUAAACAAUCCUGUGAAAACAAAGAGAAGUAUAUCAUUAACAGCAACUCCAAGUCAACAGAAUAGAAAUUACUCAGUUGUUUCAAUAUCAUCUGAAAUGCAAACAGCACGCCACCCAUCAAAGUUUGCUUUUAAGAAACAAUCGUCUAGUUUUGAUUCUCCAGAUUCUCACGUCCCUUUGAAUGAUAAUAUCCUAAACGAAUCUGAAGAUAUGAAGACCAUAAAUAAGUAUGAAGGGUCCAUAAGUACAAAAGAUUUUGGUAUACAAGAUGUAGUAAUUCGUAAAAAAUCUGUGCAAAGGGACCCCAUCCUCAGAAAGGAGGAAGACUGUUUUCCUCCUGUUGAAAGGUUUUCAUCAGGACGUGAGUCAGUCUGUUCUGAGGCAAGUUCUACAGAUAAUAGCCACAGGAGCUCAAAAUCAAAAGAAACUUUUGGAUCAGAGUCAGGCAGUGUAUUCGAGAAUAGUAUGAACGAAGUAGUUCUACGUAAAAAGUCAGUGACGAAAGAGAUAGGCCUUAAAAACGAGGAAGAACCUGAGUUACUCAAAGUAUUUGCUAGGAGAUCUCUUAAACUGAAAGAUAGUGAUAUUGAAGUUCUUAGCCAACAAAGUCUCUCAUCAAAGAACCGGGAAAACCAAGCCGUCUCUGACACUCAGGCAACAAAAUCAAGAGAUAGUGACAAAGAAAAUGAAUGUGGAGAUUCACCUAAAGAAGAGAGGAAAAAGUUGCCUGUUAAGGAACCACUUGUUGAGUCAAAACACCACACAGACAUAGUUCCUGAACCACCUAUUAAAUUAGCUGCCCCCGUGAAUAAUACCCGACACAGCAGCCCAGCAAAUUUUAAGUAUCAAAGAAGUAUAAGUGGAAGCAGCACUGCAAGCAAUGAGAACACAAACAUAAACGAGAACAUUUUAUCCCCCUAUAAAAAGGAUAACAUGAGCCCCGAAAAACGCAUUAGAAAUAAAACUGUUCCUGAAUCACAGCGCACAGAUAGUUGCUUCAUUUCUUCAGAAAGAACUCCACACAGAGCUUGGGCAAACAUAUAUAAAGAGAAAGAACUGCACAUUGUAAGCACUGAGAGCAAAACAGCAGCAGAGAGACUGAAUACCCAGACUGAAAAUGAGACUAAUGCUUCAGAGGUUGAAGAAAGCAGCAUUCCAAGAUUCAAGCGCAUACAGCAGAGGCGAGAGGAGUGGGAGCAACGAGCACAGCUGGCCUCAAAGAGGAAUCUGCCUUAGGUGCUAA